CCACCACGAUUGGAGGCCUAUUUUUGCAAUUUUUUCCUACCUAACCGCCCCUUCGUCGCCGGCAUUCCGCUCCGCCGUUUGCCCUCUUGCGCCGAAGCUUAGUUUUGUGCCAAGCUUUGGCCGUCGGGCAUGGCCGCUUCGUCGUCGGUUCUGAUCAAGCUGCUCGUCCUCGUCGGCUGCGCUCUGGCGGCCUCGGCGGCGACGACGCACACCGUAGGUGGUUCAGCGGGGUGGUCGACCGGUCAGACGUACGAUACUUGGGCAAGUGGGCAAACCUUCGCGGUCGGAGACAAGCUCGUGUUCAACUUCGCCGGAGGGCACACGGUGACGGAGGUGACUAAGAGCGACUACGAAGCCUGCAGCGUCAGCGGCAACCCGAUCAGCGACACCACCACCGGCCCCGCCACCAUCGACCUCACCUCCGCCGGCGCGCACUACUACAUCUGCACCGUCGCCGGGCACUGCACAGGCGGCAUGAAGCUGGCCAUCACCGUGGGCAGCGGCUCCGUCUCCGGGACGCCGCCCAGCACCACCCCGGGGAGUGGCACGCCACCCACCACCCCUUCCUCCUCCAAGCCGAACGGCGCGUCGGCCAGCCUGCAGGCCAGCGCCGUCGCCGCCGCGGCCGCCGGCGUCCUCGUCAAGCUCGCCCUCUUCUGAUCCGACCGACCUGCCAGGGUAGAGGCAGUGCAUGAUUCUUGUACUCGUUUUCGUCUUGACGGCCGGCAUGUUUGCACGAUUCGCUCUACACGCACGAGAGAGUGGUUUGCUAGCUAGACGAUGAUUAUGGGUUGUUGUUGUUGUUGUUCCGAUCCAUCGUACUUAAUUCUACUAGUUGCAAUUAAGAUCUGUGUCCUGUGACCUAUGAUUUAUUCUCUCCAUGGAUUUGUCCAACUUUGCUC